GGUCCCAGUAACGGCAGCUGGCUGCGGGGGCGGGCUGGGAGCUGAGUGUUCACGGAAGUGAGCGAGGCCGGAGUCCCCGAGUGACCGGGGAGAGUUGUCUGGCAGCUUCUCCAGUCCAGCCCGACCCCGCUCCCAAAGCCCAGGUGCUCAACCCGUGUCCUAGGGAGUGAUCCCGAGAACCGAGACUGGGCUUACAAAUUGCUUGCCCUUAGUGCUCACGGCCCAGAGGAACAGUAACAGGGCUGGCUCUCUGGGACUUCGCUUCGCCCUUGCUCCUGUGCAGCCCUCCAAUUUAUUCAUAGGCACGGAAAAGACCGAUUUUAUUAUGAGCCGGAACUGAAGAGGAAGAAAAAGGAGAGUCUUUUUUGAAAGACUUUUGAAAAGCAACCUGCCUUCCAUCACCCGACAAACACUGCCUCCCUCUAAGCUUGUGCAACUGUAGAUGAUUCCCCAUUCCUAGUUCGGGCACCAGGGCCAUGGCCUCCAUUAAUGAGCUGCCAGAGAACGUCCUCCUGGAGCUGUUCUCCCUGAUACCAGCCAGGGAGCUGCUGAGGCACUGCCGGCCAGUCUGCAGCCUGUGGCGGGACCUCAUCGACCUGGUGUCCCUGUGGAAACGCAAGUGCCAGCGGGAGGGCUUCAUCUCCGAGAACUGGGACCAGCCAGUGGCCGACUGGAAGGUUUUUUACUUUCUUUGCAGCCUCCGAAGGAACCUGCUCCGCAAUCCCUGUGCUGAAGAGGGGUUGGAAUUUUGGAGAAUUGAUCAGAAUGGAGGAGAUAACUGGAAAGUGGAAGAGACCCCUGGAGCUCAUGGGAGAGACUUUCCAGAUCCCAGAGUCAAGAAAUACUUUGUCACCUCCUAUCACACCUGCCUCAAGUCUCAGAUGAUAGACCUGAAAGCAGAGGGGUAUUGGAAUGAACUGAUGGACGUCGUGAGGCCGGACAUCGUUGUCAAGGACUGGUUUGCUGCCAGAUACGACUGUGCCUGCCGCUACCAGAUCUGCGUGCAGUUGCUAUCAGCUAACUUCCUUGUCCUGGAUACAUUUGAGCCCCCACCGAUGGAGAUCAAGCAGUGGAGUGAUUGCGAGUGGAAAGAGGUCUCCCACACAUUCUCCAACUACCCCCGUGGAGUCCGUCACAUCCGCUUUCAGCAUGGCGGCAAAGACACUCAGUAUUGGGCCGGAUGGUACGGCUCACGAGUCACCAACAGCAGCAUCACCAUUGGUCCUGAGGUCCCCAGGAAAUCCAAUUGUACAGAAGAGGCAGCCAGAUGUAGCCACUAGAUCCAGACCCAGAUGGGAUGAAGGUGACGGCAUCUUCCUACUUUUGCAGGGUUUCAAGCCUAGAGUUGGUUUGAGGAAGGAGGAAAGCAUAGGGUCAGGAGUGAUGGUGCAGGCUCUCCCAGAGGCAUUCUCAAUCCCAGGUCAAUCAGGGCUUCCCCGUCUCUGAGCAACAAUCCACAGGAUGCUGCCCUCAGGUCUU